AUGGAAGAAGACAAUGAAUAUAAGAAUCCUUAUGUCGAUGUUUAUGUCCUAGUGAGCGCCGUUUUCCUCACUUUCACACAGUUGAAGCAGCCUCAAUCGCUGUGUUCAAAUAGGCGCCACCCUCCGCAGCAUCAUCUUAGUCAGGUGAUGCAUGACGAUCGGAUCAGUCAAUUGCCUGAUGAGAUUCUUGUUUUUAUUCUAUCCUUGCUAACAUUAAAAGAACCAGCUCAAACAAGUGUCCUUUCGAGUCGAUGGAUAAACUUAUGGAAAUACACUCCAAGGCUAGAUUUUGAUGCUUCAGCAUCUUUAGACCGCAUUGAGAGGAAUCCAAAAAAGCUGCUUGGGAGAGAAAGUGGUAGAUAUGUCAAUUGGGUGAACCGUGUUAUGCAAUUGCACCAAGGCUUGACCCUGGGUGAAUUUAGGCUGUGCUUUGACUUGGGCAUAUCAUCCCAGAGUGAGAUUGACAAAUGGCUUGAAUAUGCAUUUAGAAGGACCGUAAAGAGGUUAGAGGUGGGCUUGUCUAGAAGUCGUAACCAUUUCCGUCAUCCUUCGCAGUGUUAUAACUUUCCAGAUCGCUUACUUAAUAUAGAUAAUGGCUUGUCUAAACUGAUUGAGUUUGGGUCCCUCAGAGCAUUGUGUUUGAAAUAUGUAAAUGUUACUGGUGAAGCUAUUGAGAAUUUCCUGCAUAAUUGUCGUUUUCUUGAACGGUUGGUUGUGGUUGGCUCAGGAAAAUUUGUGACUGUAACCUUGUCUCCCUUGGGAUAUGCAAUGUUGAACACCUUGUACUUAUGA